ACUUUUUGACUUUGUUUCCACUAUUAUUUAACCAUUUUCUUAUGAGUUGGCUUGGUCUUCAAAUAAACCACACCCCCACCUCCUCCUCUAUACGCCAUCACCAUAAUUUCCAUUUCCCUUGGGCACAAGAUAUCUCUCAUUCCUCUAACUCCCAUGGAUCAUUUGCUCAAACAAAUGGGGUCAAGAUAUCCUAAACCUGAACACAACAGAGAAGCACAAAGCAGUAGAAGAGACGUAUACUUGGCUCCACACAAAUCUCCAUCUUUUAGAGAGAAAAGAACGUUUGGGAACUGGUUGGGAAGACAGUUUUCACGCCAAAUGAGUCGAGGGAAUGAAUUCUCCGACGUCGGAAUGGAGCGCGCAACUGCGGUUGCAGCGGCUGCCUUUGCAAUUCAUUUGGUUGAAGAAUCAGAAUUUUCAAAACCUGUGAAGAAGAUUGAUCGUCCUAAAUCGUCGUCAUUCCCAAGGGUAAAGAUUGUCGAAGAGGAUAACCGUAGCCCGCCUCCACGUCCGGCACCGGAACCUGAUAGGAUUUUACGACCGUUAUCAAAUGUUGCAAAGGAUCCUGAAGCAGCGACCGGCGAGAAACCGGCAGCUAAAACCGAACAACAAAAACAGAAACCAAUAGGAAAGAUAACCGUUCCUUCUCCACCCGUCGUGUACGACUACUCCCGCGACCGCGGAAGAACUGAAACAGAGAAACCGUUGCCAAUUCCUCGCCCUCCAACUCCACCCAUAUCUCGAAAACAACCAACUGCUCCAAUCCAAACAAGGCCUGAAGAAACCAAAGCAGAUAUGUGGGAAAAAGCUGAGCUUGCUAAAAUCCAAGAGAGAUAUCAGAAGGUUAACGAGACAAUUUCUUACUGGGAAACCAAGAAGAGAGAAAAAGCCAUAUGCAAAUUUGAAGCUUCACAGGUUGAGGGAACGAAGAGAAGUCAGAGGGAAAAAGGAAGAAAAAAGUUUGAGGAAGAUAUGGAAUUUAUAAAGCAAAUUGCUGGAGAAGCAAGAAGCAAAGCAGAUCAUAAGAAAAAGAAUGAGAUUCUUAAAGCUAAUCGGAAAGCUGAUAUUAUUAGACAAACAGGGGACAUUCCCGUUUCUUGUUACUGCUGCUGAAGAACAUUAACAACUCUGUUAUUGACCAUCAAAUUACAAUGAUUUGACUGCUUUUUUCUUUUCUUUUUGUGUUAACAUGACCGAAUGAAUGCUUUGUGAACAAAAAUAAUCAAUAAUUCAGGUUGUUAUUAGAUGGGUUUUCUGUCUUACUCUGUUUUUCAUUAUCAGCCCUGAUUAUGCUGAAUUUUCAUUUUUGAAGACAAAGACCACACAUCUAACAUUUAUUAUAUUAAUUAGUACAUCCAAAUUCAUCAUAGGUUAAGGUUUAGCAUAUAAUGCAAACCCUUAUCUACAAAGAAAUUACACAAACAACCACAUAAAAAAAGAAGGAAAAAAAAAAAAAAAA